AUUGACGUCAUGCGACGUUAACAUAAUUUCCUGUUUAUUGUUAUUAUUGAUUUAUGUACUCUGAAGAAUGCUGUUGGUAUAAUAAAGGGAAUUACAGAAUUUGCAGUUGACUACCUAUUUUUUACUGCCUAUAACUCUCGUAAGAGGGGUUGGCAGUAUCCAGAGAUAGAUAGAUGGACUAUUUAUUCUGAUACAACAAGUAGUCAAUGGCAUCAGUUUAUGAUCCUGCAUGAUGACUGAAGAAGAAACAGAGGAUUAUUGUACAAAGAAAAUUGAAAACUUGGCAGACUUACAGAUGAGAGAGACAACACAUUUAAGUUUUCUAGAAAACUAUACUACAGAUCCUAUUGAGGUGGAUAUUGAUGAAGUUGAGGAUUUCCUGGCCACAGAUGACCUGUUUGUAGAAUACUUCAAUGUCUUCCUUGCCCUACCGACGUUUCCGGAGCCCCUGUAUUUUAACAAGGAAACAGGGGGUUUUGAAGUGGUCAGUGUUGCCAAAAAAGAGCUUGCUAAAAAGAUCAAAGAGGCACUUCGGUCACAGGCGCGAACUCCUAGGAUCUACAGGGUUGCUAAGAAGCACAGCUACAUUGAUAUACCCUUGAUACCAAUAGAAAAUGAGAAGGAACCAGAAAACCAGGAGAUUCACACCAGCUUUGCUGUCACUACAUUAAAUAAAGAACAAGGUAUUCACUGGGUGAAGGCUGAAAGGUUACCAUCAUUUUUGGACAGUGAUUUAUACCUGGAAUACCGACUGUCCAAAUUGUUAGGUCAGUCCAGGAUCACAGGAGAACAAGGGGAAUAUGUCCUAAUGAAGAUUGAUUAUAAACCUAGACCUAAAAAGAUAAAGAAGAAAUCUGAUGAUGACGAAGUAAAAAUUGACCCGAAGGAGGCAUUGAUGAAAGAUUUGUAUGUAUGUAUGGGUAAUGCCAGCACGACUGACACCGAUGCCUGGUACUCUACAGCAAAGAUAGCCACACAGAAUGAGACGACAUACACGUCACCUUCACGUCCGACUAGCGAGAGAGUCAAAUCUGCUGCCAGUACACGUCCCACUAGUGCUCGACCCACUAGUGCUUAUAGUGACCCAUAUAACAGGUCAGAUAGUGGACUUGGCAUUUCCUGGAAAGGCUCGGCAAAAAGUACAAAAAAUAGUUCCUACAGCACUUUAUACCAUUCCAAAUAUAGUCAGCAUGAAACUGAAGACGAUGUAAUGAUGAGUAAACUAUUUGCUAGCGACGGUAAACCUGCCCACCGCAUAACAGAUAAUUUAUGUGUAGUUAAUAAGGACAGACCAUAUAGUUCUAUAAUAUAUUCAACACCUAAAUCUGAACUAGAAUUAAAAUCAGACGAUGCUGAAUUAGGAAUAAUUGAUGAUGAUGAAAAAGACUCAGGUAAAGGUGACGAUGAAAACAUAGACAUGAAUGAUAGUCUUGCAUUAGAUUCAGAACCUAUUGUGUUUAAGAAUAUAGAUGAUUUAGGUUCUGUUAUCGUGGGGGUUGUUUUAAAGAAAGCUGUUGGACAGUUGGCAAACCUUGAUGAAGCAGAAUUAGAAAAAAUCCCUGAAAUAUAUGAGCUCUUCCCUGAAGGCCAGUUUUCAAAGCUUACAGUUGAUUCAUUGGAUAGAGUUACACUUAUUGAAGAAAGCAAAGAGGAGAAACCAGUAGGAACAAUAGAACAAGAGACAGAACAGAAGAUAAGUGAGAGGAUGAAGAAGAACAUGGAGGAGGAGAGUGAUGUGGACUCGUUGUUGGACAGUGAGGAGGAUUAUGAAGAAGAGGACACUUUCUUCAGGAAACACAAAUUUAAAACAUACAGUCUGUGUACCAGGAAAGGUGUGGACCAGUUUAAAAGAUUCUUGAAAGGCACAAUGGGUGAGAAGAACUGGAAUCUGUGGAUAGAUGUUGAUAGGAUGAGAUUGAUGACAGUACACAGUGAAAUACAACUCAAUGUGUGCUGGUUACGAGAAAAGUACCACAAACCAGGUGCAGAGUUUGAGCUGACAGUAGAGCAGAAGGCACAACUAGGUCUGUCAGAACCAUCUGCUUGGACCAUGGAUAAACUCCUGGCAGUACAUAACCAAAUUGCUGAACCUCUUGUUCUCUACUGGGCACCUAGGUUUUUGUUGAAGCAAAUGAUGAGAACAAAUCCGGACAAGAACCUUCUAUAUCAUCACCUGAAACACCUCAAACACUCGGUAGCUGUGGAUCCAAGCCCUCCUACAGCAUCACUUCUACCACUUAGGCCAAAAUCAUGUCUUCCAAGAAUGAAACCCCAAGAGCCAGUGAUAGCACCACAGAUUCAGCCUAUUUAUUUCGAGCCCCCAGAGACACUUGAUACCUCUCCACCUGUAGGUUUAAGAAGAACAUAUGCAGAACCAACCAUGAAGUUUAUAGCCAACUGGCAGAAAGAACAGAUGGUUCACACACAGCUGAUCUCUCCACGCCUCAAUGUGGCUCGCACCUCUACACCAAGGUUGAGAAGACCUGCAUCAGCUAAGAUACCAAGAAGAACAUCACUUGUGUCAUUGUCAUCAAGACCCAAGUCUGCUGUUAGACUUGGUACACGCCCAUCUACUGCUAACUCAACAUCUUCUAGAAUAUCUGUAGAAUCAGCCACCGGGCGUGUACGUAUAAAAACACCAACUCAUAGUUUAACGAAAACACCAUCCAAGAUGUCUGAUACUCCAAGAUCUAGGCCAUCCUCGGCUGCUUCAAGUAUACGUUCAGUCAGAUCAGAGGACCUGUCAUCAGAAGUGUCAGAUUUUCUGGGAGGUAGCAGACUGGAGCAUUUACUUCAAGCUCUACAUCAUGAGAAUGACUCGGGCAGCUUCUUUAAAAAAUAUGUCGACAGAAGUGGCAGUAAAAUGUGGAUAAACAAUUUAACCUUUUGGAGGGAUGUUCAGGCAUAUCAUAUGUUAUUCUAUGGGAAGAACAUGGACCCGUAUGUUGUACAUAAAAAAGCCAAGUCAAUUUUUUCAAAAUACAUUGUUGUUGGUGCUAGACAUCAUAUAGGUGUAGGACAUGGGGUAGAACAAGAGAUACGCAGUCAUCUGAUUCCUCCAUUUGAGGAACUAUUUGAUGAGGCGGAGGAACAUUCUCUCACUGUCAUAUAUGAGGCGUGGCAGGAAAUGUGGGAAACAGACCAGAAAACAUACAACAAGGUUGAGCUUAUAGAAGUGAAGAGACAUCUGGAGACAAAAUCAAAAUAUGUCCUCAACUUACAGAAAAGUGGUCUAAUUAAAGAGAGAGUUAGUACCCCUGAUGUAAUGGAAGGCUAUGAAGACCCUGUAUAUGACGAGGCUCUGAUUGAAAACAUUCCGGAAGAAUUUAAAGAUUACACCUUGGAGAAGCUAGUGCAUAACCGCAUAGAACUAGAACAUUUCCGUAACUUCCUGGCGGAGAAUUAUGCUAGCAUGGACAUAAUGUGCUGGAUGGAUAUAGAAGCUUUCCGUAGAAUUACACAUACUGAUGAGAAAAAGAGAGAUGCUAAAGCCAGAGAAAUUAAAAUGAAAUAUUUGAACAAGAAAUAUUUCUUUGGUGCUAACAGUCCUGCUGGCAAGGAAGGUCAAGAUAAGGUCGCUGAAGCAGGAGGUGGCUGGGGUAAACUUCUUGAAGACCGACCACCAAAUCCAAUGAUCCUGGAAGCACAGAAGUAUGUGAGAGAAAGACUGGAAAAGAAGUGGCUUCCAUUGUUUCUUGUAACCCCAGAUUUUGCAGUCAGACAGAGACCUCGUCAGAGUAUGGAUGAUGUCGUUGAUGAUGUCAUGGUGCAAAAGAAGAGAAAAUCUCUGAAUAUGCUUAAGCUUUUAGAUAGCAAAUGGAUGUCGUCUGCCAAUGAAAUAAUUGUCUUCCGUAAAGCAUUGUUGAAUCCUGUCACCUCAGUACAGUUCAGGAGAUUUGUCUCUAUCAAGGGAGAUAGCCUGGAAAAUGAUGUACUCUUCUGGCUGGAGGUCCAAAAGUUUAAGGAGAUGUACCACUCUCACUGUGAGGACACUAUGAUAACACAGAAGAUCAACACCAUCAUAAACUGUUUCAUCGAGUCACAGAUACCACCUAGUUUACAGAUUGAUAUACCACCAGAGAUGGGGGAGAGAAUUGUUGACCGCAAAUACGAGAAAUGUCCUUAUCUCUUCAGAGAAGCUCAGUUGGUAGUGUUUAGGGUGCUAUUCCCACACUGGAGAGAGUUCUGUGAUUUCCGUCUGAAUCUAGCGGAAGAGAAAGUUCUACCAACAAUUGAGAGACGACGCCGACAUGCCAGAGCUAAGGAACGAAAACGUCAGCAGGAAUUAGAAGAAAAACAGGCAAAGGGGAAAAUACGUUACUUAAAAUUUCGGGAGGCUGAGAGAAGAGCAGCUCUUGGAUUACCUCCCUUAGGUGAGGAAGAUGAUGUGUUUCACGAUCCUUUCAAAGCCCUCGGAGCUCCUGAGAGUGUUGACGGGGACGGGGAAGGGGAGGAGAAGGACAAGAUUUCAUGGACUUAUUCUAACUAUAUGAAUGCUUUAGAGAGGGAAGAACUGAUCAAUAAUACUGAUGAAUCAUCCUUCACAUCACUACUUACUGAUACAGCUUCAGUAAAGAGUGUUGGUACGGCCUCAGUUGGGAGUCAAUCAGAUGAGAGGAAGGGAAGUAAAGCUGACGAUGACUCGGACAGGAAGAGAUCUGUUGAUAAUGGAGAAAAUGGAAAGGCUAAGGGACCAGGAAAUGGUAGUAGAAAGUCAUCAAUAGAUGUGCCGAUGGUCGGAGAACGACGUAUGUCCCGCCAGUCUAGAUCUGACAGCAUCCAAUCACAGCACAGAGUUACUAUACAAGAUCCAAAAUCUACAAAUAAUAAAGUGAAACCAAAAGUUUAGACUUGAGCGAUAAAAACACUUAAGUAAUUUUUUUGGAAUAUCAUAUAAUUAUAACAUUGUGGUUCUUCAGUUGAGUCAAUUCUCAGUAUUUUAUGAGUUAUUUAUAGUAGCGAUAUAUUAUCAAUAUAUUUUAAAUGUAUAAUUAUAGUUUAAGCUUUUGCUUCCAAAUUGUAUGUUUUUUAGUUGAUAGGUUGACUAAAAAGUGAUAUGAUUUUUUUUUAAUCAGAACUUGAAGUCAGUUCUGCUCUAUAUUUAAUGGCAUUAUGAUUUUUUCUAUGCUUAAAUAAUACACUUUUUGCAACAGUGUCGGAGUUGAAUAUUUUAAUGAAUUUAUAUCAAAUUAUAUGCUAAUGGAUUGUUGGGACUUAUUUUCUUAGAAAUUUUGUAAGUUAAAUUAUUACCUAAAAAUAAGCAGUGUUAUAAUUGAUAAUACAGCUGGAAUACGUUUUGAAUAUAGAAAGUACAAAUUAUGAAGUGAAUAUUAUAAAUGUGAUUUCUAUAUGUAAAAUUGUGAUAUGUAUAAAAGUGUAAGGUUAAUUCAUGAUUUUAAGUUUUAUAUAAAUUUUCUUUGUACUUUGUCAACUCAGUUAACUUAAAAUAUACAAUAAUCAUUUUUUUAAAUAUUUAGUUUUACCUCUUAUACUACAUAAACACCAUUUAAUAUGUUAUAAUUCUUAUUUUUGAAGCAUUAUAAUGUAGAAGUCUGUCUAUGGGUUUUUAUUUCAUGGAAAUUUUUGUUGAUACCAUAUGGAUAAUGAAUUUUUGCAUAUUUGCUUAGUACUUAAUUUCUGUACCGUUUAUUCAGAGUUCUGUGUUUUAUGAUUAUAUGAAAGGUAUUUUACAUAUAAGAAAGUGUCACUUAUUAUGUAAACUUCUUCAAGACUAUGUAACAUAAUGAAAUUAGUCCGUCCUCCAAAUCUAUUAUUCUAGUUUUUAUUUUACUGUUAUGAUAUUGAUUUAUAAUAUAACAUAUACGUGUAAAUUUAUGGAAUGAACAGCUUAUUAAUAGCAUUAUAAAGCCAGUUUUGAUAGGAUAUACUUUUUUCCAUGGGCAGUUAAUACCUAGUUAUACUAUUGCGAUAUUUAUCUUACCAUCACACUGUCUUAAAAAAAAUACAUGCCUACUUCAAUGUGAGUGAAACAUGAAAAUUUUGUAGUUACUCAUAGAUAAUGAUUGUAAUCUUAGGACUGCUUUACUUUUAUCAAAUAGGAUUUCAUUUUAGUAUAAAUAUAACUGCCUUUGAUCACUGUGUGACCUCAGAUUCGGUCACCAUUGUUACAUGUCUGGCUACCAAAUAAGAACCAUGCACUGUAUUGAUGACCACGUUAUAAGUAAGAAUAUUUAAGUUAUUUUUUAUUAUGUUUGCAUACAGCUUAUUUUUAAUUUGUAAGUCAUUUUUUAUUUGUAGUCCAAUUUAAUUUAACCUCCAUUUCAGUUUAAAUGAUUUUAUACAUAUAAUGUAGUUUUCAUAUUUAGAUGUUUGUAUAUUACAUGAUGAAUAUAUGUAAACGGUGAAUUAUAUGUUGUUUUUUUAUUUUUAUGGCAUAUUUGUGUCAAAGCAAUCUGUGAUAUGGAAUUAUGUUAUAGGAACUAUGUUAUAUUGUAAUCUUGGUAUUUAUUCUAAUUAGGUUAAAUCAUACUGUAAUUAACCUUUCUGCACUAGAAUAAUGAAACACAUGUAUAAGUUAUUUUGACUAAUUUAUUGAUGGGUCAAACAAAUAAUUGUACAUUAUUAUCAUUAUUUUAGAUUCAUUAUUUUAAUUUUUGAUGCCAAAAUAAUUUAGUAUGUAAUGGCAUUUUACACACAAAUUUACAAUAUCAUAUCUAUGUACAUGACUAAAUUUUUAUAAAAUACCUUUGAUCUGUUCCAACAAAUUGAGGAUUUUUGGGAAGUCAUAUUUUGUGAGAUUCUGAAAUAGUAUAAUGAAGACAAGCAAUAUUAUAAUGUUCAGUUGUUUUUUUUAAGUGAAUUGGUCUAUAAUGGAAAGUCAUUAAAUAAUGACGUUGAUAAUAUAUAGUAUCAUAGGCUUAACAACAAACCACGAAAUAAAUAUAUAUGGAUGUUGCUAGCAAGUGUGAGAUACAUGAUCUGAAAUUACACAUUUUUAUAGCUUAUAAUAGCAUGUUCUCUAGAACAAAAUUAUAGUAUUAUUUUUCAUCAUAUAAAUGUUCAUACUAAAUAACUUAAAACUCUUAUCAUUGCCAUUUUUCCUAGCAAGACUUUAUAAGACUAUCUGAAUGAUACAUUUCCUUUGUUUUUAUCUGUAUUUGAAAUAUUUAUGGAAAAUGUGCCCAUUGUAGACCUAUCCACUUAAACAUUUUGUUCUAUAUUAGAAUUGGUGCCAGUUUUUUACUGAAAAAAAGAAAGAUUUUCCUUUGCACAAUUAAUUGAUUUAAAUCUUUCAAAUAUAAAACCAAAACUAUUGUAUUUUUCAUGGGCUUUUUGUAAUACCUGUAUUUGAUAUUUUGCUUUGUGAGAAAUGUUAGAAUUAUGAAUAAAAUGAUAGGAUGAUACAUGUUUAUGUAUAAAUUAGGGAUCAUUUGUUAACUACAUUAUUUUGAUUAUAUCUUUCAUUGUUAAUUUAUAGUGAUAAAGUUGACUUGAAAAAUCGU